CCGGAAUUCUCCUUUAAAGUUUGUGUGAUGAAUACUACUGUUGAACGUCAACAGAGACAUACAACACUGUCAGAUAUCGUUUCCUGAAACUAAAAUUGGCAAGAGGAAGCCAACUGCAAUACUAAAAAGUGCAACGGAAGAACCAAAGUCACUAUGACAGAAGACAUGUCAGCCAAAGGGGAGUCGAGCUCAACCUCCGUUGAGGUCAAUACUGCUCUGCUGAAAUCCAUUAAAGGAGGCCUGAAGAUUGCGGAAAUUGUUGUUGUUUUUGUGGCUUUCCUGUGCUAUGCAGUGGCCUCCAGACCUCCCUACAUCGCUGCCUCUCUGCUGGAGCUCCUGAUCACCACUGGCCUUCUGCUGCUCUAUCUCUUCAAACUCAACAAGACCAUCACUCUCUUCUUCUGGCCUCUCAUUGAUGUGUUGAACUCAUUCUUUGCAUCGGUGUUCAUGUUCAUCCUCAGUGUAGUGGCUCUCUCCACGGACUCACUCACAGCCACUGUGGUCGGAGCGAUUGUGGGGUUCAUAUGUGCAAUUCUAUGGGGAGUUGAUGGAUUCCUAUUAUUCAGGAAAAUCACCUUCAAUCAAAGGAGGACCUAAAGGACACAGGCUACUGUAUUUCACAUUGUGGUCUGGGGGUGUCACAUGUGUGAUUGUGAUGCAACAUAAUUUAUUCAGAGACGUUAUUGUCCAUGCCUCAAGUCUGGUUUAUUUAGUAAUUCCCUGGAUGAUAGGAUCAAUAUCAUCAUGCUGAAAUGGGAGGUCUUGCUUGCAUUUUAAUGUUGAAAGCAUUAUUCCAAAGAGAAGAUACCUCAAUUUGGACAUGGGCUGUUUUAAAAAGCUGUACUUACAAAUGUGUGCAUUUUAUCCACUUGUAAUUUAUGCCUGUGAGGAACUAGUGACCUGCUGGUAGACUGCUGACCACCCUAGCCUGAAGGCUUCCAUGUCCAUGCAUUGUUUAGUUAAAGGGUUUGGGGUUAAUAACCUAUUGUUAUUAUUAAUGGAUGCCUCCUCGGCACUUAUAAUAAAGCCUGUGCAUUAAUCUUC